ACUGUAGGUUAGGUAAGGUACUCCAGCUCGGCGUCAGCACCUUGCAAGCAACUAACUCACGUGUACUGAUAUGUAAUAAUGUAAAAUUUAUCUAGAAUAAAGACUUGUUUCCCUGGUAAUAAUAAUAAUAAGAAAAAUCUAGACAAGUCGGCCACAACAAUGAUCUCCGUGUUUACUAUAUCAUGACAAAACAAAAGUAUUAAAAGUUUGAAAAAUGAAUGCAGUAAUGAAAAGAGUAACUUUCAAUACAGAGCUAGUCCCGUUCAAAGUCCUAGAUGUAAUGAGUGACGAGUGAGGCGAGUGACGAGAGUAGCAGCGGUGAGUGUGUUAGUGUCAUGAUGGCAGCUAAACACAGGAGAGGCGAAGAGGAGCGGCCGGCAAAGAACAAGAAAAAUGCUUCCUCCCACAAAGACAACACCUCCUCCAAGACACACAAGCAGGAGGAGGACAAGAGGCCGUCCAUGGUGGUUGUGCUUGUCUGUGCUUUGUGUAUGGGAGUGGUGCACAGCGCUCACGUAGCCACCAUGUUUGAGAAUGACCGUCACUUCUCACACCUCUCAAAUCUGGAAAGAGAGAUGACCUUCCGCACAGAAAUGGGUCUUUACUACUCAUACUACAAGUCCAUCGUCAGUGCCGACUCUUUCCUCCUUGGCCUGAACCGCUUGAUACACAACAACCUCACAGAGUUUCCAGACGUUAUCAACACACUUCAGCGCUUCAAUCUUUAUCCUGAGGUUGUGCUGGGAGGAACAUACCGAAUCUUUAAUGCAGUGACCACCUGGCUUGGUGUGGAAAUGCGUGAGUGCUGGCAGGUGAGUCGAGGUCGGGGUCUCUCUCCAGUGGUGAGCUGUGAGGGGCUUGGAGAUCCUGUCUAUUGGUACUUGGCAGGAGUGUGGCUAAGUGCUGGACUCACUGCUGCACUACUCUUCCUCCAUGGUACCCUUUUGAGUGGAGACCUGAUGGGAGGUUUCCUGACCACCAUCUGCUUCUUCUUCAAUCACGGGGAGGCAACUCGUGUUCAGUGGACACCACCCUUGAGAGAGAGUUUUGGCUUCCCCUGGAGUGUGGCGCUCAAUGUGGCAGUAACACAGGUCCUGCGUGCACCUCGGCCAGUAUGGACACAGCCUCUCCUGGUGGGCACCCUCUCUCUGAUCUACUUGCUGUGCUGGCAGUUUGCACAGUUUACUACAGUGGCAGUAUUGGGCAUUGUUUAUGCUCUGUAUGCAGUGGGGAUGGUACCUGCCCUGCCCAUGCUGCUGGUUCUGCUUGGAACUUCAUAUGGCUUCCUGAAUAAUGUGGUAUUGCAAUUUGGCAACUCCCUUCUGGUGUCAUCACCACUGGCAGGCUGCCUGCUGGGAGUGUUGCUCCUUUACCUCUUCUUAGAGCCAAUCUUUCAGCAUUUGCCCUUUCCAACUAACACAUUGGCUCAGCUGUCUUUCCUCUUUGUCUCCUGUGCAGCCUGCAAGAUUGAGCUCUCACGCAUUUUUGGUGUGGAGGAUGAUGCACACAUCCUAAACAUCCUUCGUGGCAAGUUCACCAACUACUCAGACUUCCACACACUGCUGUACACCUGCUCACCAGAGUUUGAUCUGCUUCCACAAGAGACCAUUCAGCGGCUGAAUGAGACCUUGCUGCUUCCUGUAGUAGGUCUGGUAAUCUUAGCUGUGUUGGACCAUACUCUGGGUCGUGUCCAUUGUAAUAUGCUACGCCGGUUGGAGGAGGAUGGAGAAACACCUCCUGGUGUUUGGAGUGGCGUGGACCCUGGUGUCCUGUUCAACAUUAUACUGCUGGUUUUUUAUGGGGUCAUGGCAGGUCUGAUAAUGCGUCUCAAGCUGUUUCUGACACCACAGCUCUGUGUUGUAGCCUCCUUACUAGCCUGCAAGAAAUACUGGCGUCUCAUUGAGCGUCGGGAGGUCCAUGUGGCAGUCCUGGCAGUGUUGGUGAGUGGCAUGUGUGUCCGAGGUCUCAGAAAUAUAAGUGAGCAGCAUUCUAUUCAGGGUGAAUAUAGCAACCCUGAAUUGGAGGAGUUAGUUGAGUGGGUGCAAACUGAAACCCACCAAGAUGCAGUGUUUGCCGGUCCUAUGUCUACCAUGGCCAACGUCCUUCUAUCCACACAAAGACCCAUUGUUAACCACCCGCAUUAUGAGCAUGCUGGCCUGAGGGAGCGUACCAAGAAGGUUUACAGCAUAUUCAGCCGGCGGUCGGCUCAGAAUGUGUAUGAGACUUUGCUAUCCAUGCGGGUGAAUUAUGUAGUGCUGGAGGAGUCGUGGUGUAUGAGGAAAAGUAGGCCAGGAUGUGGCAUGGCUGACAUUUGGGACGUAGAGGAGCCUCAGAACAGACAUAAACCCUCCCUUUGUCCACGACUCUUCCAUAGGAACGCUGCGCCCUUCCAUCGUGUGUUUGCUAAUGAUGUUUUUGUGGUUCUACAGGUGCCCUCACGCUAUGUGGAGAUACCCCCACCUAGGUAUCACAGUGCAUAGAACCUCAUGCUUGUGCUACAAAGAUAAUGAGGUUUUCAUAAAAGGGUGUAGAAACUCCACCUUUGCCAUGCGAAGUUCUGCUAUUACUUUUUACCUGAUGGCAGUGAAUGAUAAAGUGUAUGAAUUGAAUUUUGUUUGAUGAUAAGUACUGUAAAGUUUCUUGUAAUAAGUGUAAAUAAUGCUAACAGGUAUAUAGAGCCGUACAAGUGUGUGUGUGUGUGUGUGUGUGUGUGUGUGUGUGUGUGUGUUUGUGUUUAUGUGUGUGUGUGAAUGGGGAAUUGUGUAUAUAUGUGUAUUAUAUAUACAUUCACCUUGCAGUUUAUGCAAAGUUAAGUUGAUCAUCAAUACACAUAAAGAGUAUGCAUUUGAACGGUGUGUUCCCAAAAGAAGUAAUGUUAAUUCCUGUGCUGUUCCACAAACAUGAAUAACUGACCUAGAGGUUUAGAGAUCAAUGGUAUUAUCUCAUACAUAACAGUGUCUGUAACUGAUUUCCAUCUAAGUUCAUGUGGUCUGUUGCUGUCUGAUUUAAAAAUUCUUGAAGUUUUGCUUUGAGGCGUUUCCAUUAGUCACCAUUAGCUGAAAAUGGAAGAAAUAGGUUGUGCCUUGGCACAGCAGCAGCAGGGAGUGUCAGUGACACAUGUGGUGGCUUAUCUUUGGGUGACCCAUGAAGUCAUUUACCAGCCUAAAAACUCCACUGCCACUGGCUUGGGAUGCUAGAAGACAACUUUCCACCAUACAGAGUCUUAGGAAUUUAUAUAGCCUCCCUGAUCUUGUACCUUCUAUGAGUGAGAACAGUGUCAUCACAGCCACCAUUUGUGUUGAAAAAAAUUUAUUAUGAUUUUUUAAUGAAUUUCUGAGAUAAAAUCACCGAAUGAACUAAAGAACAGCCUGUUUAAGUGAAGAAUUGAUCAGUAAAAGAGAGCUUUCUCAGAAGGCCAAGUCAACUUGAUGUUCCUCAGCCAGAUGUUCAGGCAGUCAGACAGAAAGACAGACUGGCAUGCUGAAUGUAUGCACAGCUGAUGCUUUGUAUGGUUGUGGUGUCACACAUCUGUGUAGGAUGUGCAGUGAUGGUGUGAAGGAGCAUCAAGUGUGAUGAUGUCAUAGACUGGCAGGGAGAGUAUGUAAAACUAUGUAAUAGAUAGAUAACCAAUAACUGUUACUUGAUUUUUUUUCUUUUUUAUGUAAGAGAAAAGCUGGCCAAGGGCAACAUAAAGAGAGUUAGCAAAAAAAAAAAAGAAAAUAGAAAAAAAAAAAGGAUAAAUGUCUUGAAACCUUCCGCUAAAAUGAAGUAGUUAUAAGAAGUUGAAAAUUCAGGAGCAGGUAGGGCAUAAUUUACCAGAGAAAAGGUAUGAAUAAUUGAGAGUACUGGUUAACUCUUGCAUUAGGGAGUUGGACAGAG